AUGUAUUCUUUGAUUUUUGCCGAUAAUGGAUUGUUUUAUUUUAACUCUCCUCAAUUAGCCAUCAAUGUUGUUAAUGUUGAUGUAAUAGCAUCAUUGAAAUAUGCGAAAUUCUCAUUGAUCCUUAGAUGUCAUAUUGAAGUGGACACUCUUGGAUUUGAACGACCAGAUGAUUUGAAUAUAUUUUCAUAUCAAAAUUUUUGGCAAAAAUAUUUGCCGAUUUUGACACGUCGAAAACGAAGAUGGCAACAAGUGGUUUCACCGAGAGGAGAUCUAUUGACAAGAUUCAUUCGAAAAGGAAUACCGGCAACGUUGCGCCCAAAGAUAUGGAUGCAGAAUUGUUCACGCGUUACAAUCGGCAAAAGUAAUGUCGAUCCAAAUGUUAUUCAGGCAAUUUCUCUCGAUUUACCACGUACAUAUCCAAAUAAUCGAAUUCUUGCAUCGGAAGAAGGCCAAAAGAUUUUAGCGCAUAUUUUAUACAGAUUGGCUGAAACAUUUCCUGAUAUCGGUUACUGUCAGAUCUUAAAAUUUUAA